GCCGCGUCGUGGGAAACGCCUGGGCGGAUGAGGUCACUCUUUGUGGUGGCUGCCGUUGGCAAGAUGGCGCCGGUGUUGGCGGAGAAGAAGCUGCUGGGGCCGGAGGGGCCCGUGGCCGCCGACUUCCCCAGCGAGGAGGAGGAAGGCCAGAGCCUCUGGUUCUCAAUAUUGAGUGAAGUUUCCACCAGGUCCAGAUCUAAAUUACCCUCUGGUAAAAAUAUUCUUGUCUUUGGUGAUGAUGGCUCAGGUAAAACAACUCUAAUGACUAAAAUACAGGGAACGGAACAUGGCAAGAAAGGAAGAGGACUUGAAUACUUGUACUUAAACAUCCAUGAUGAAGAUAGAGAUGAUCAGGCGCGCUGUAAUGUCUGGAUACUUGAUGGGGACUUGUACCAUAAAGGCCUCUUAAAGUUUGCUGUUUCAGCAGAAUCAUUGCAAGAGACUCUUGUAAUAUUUGUAGCUGAUAUGUCUAGACCUUGGACUAUUAUGGAAUCGUUACAGAAAUGGGCAAGUGUCUUGCGUGAACAUAUUGAUAAGCUAAAAAUUCCUCCAGAAGAGAUGAGAGACAUGGAACAGCAAUUUGUAAAGGCUUUCCAAGACUAUGUAGAACCUGAAGAAGGUUAUCAGGGAUCACCACAAAGAAGAGGUCCAUCAGGACAGGAUGAUGAGAAUGUUACUUUGCCACUUGGAGAUAAUGUGCUGACCCACAACCUUGGGAUUCCUGUGAUAGUCGUUUGCACAAAGUGUGAUGCAGUAGGUAUAUUAGAAAAAGAACAUGACUACAGAGAAGAGCACUUUGAUUUCAUCCAGUCGCAUAUUCGUAGAUUCUGCUUACAGUAUGGAGCAGCCUUGAUCUAUACAUCAGUUAAGGAGGAAAAGAAUCUUGACUUGUUGUAUAAGUAUACUGUACAUAAAGCAUACGGCUUUCAUUUUACCACUCCUGCCUUAGUGGUAGAAAAGGAUGCAGUUUUCAUACCUGCUGGAUGGGACAAUGAAAAGAAAAUUGCAAUUCUACAUGAAAACUUCACAACAGUUAAAGCAGAAGAUGCAUAUGAAGACUUCAUUGUAAAGCCACCUGUAAGAAAGUUGGUUCACGAUAAGGAGCUUGCUGCUGAAGAUGAACAAGUGUUUCUUAUGAAACAACAGUCGUACCUUGCCAAGCAACCAGCCACACCCACAAGGGCUUCUGAAUCUCCUGCACGAGGGCCUUCUGGAUCACCAAGACCCCAGGGGCGACCAGGCCCUACUACUGUCCCCAGUGCCUCACCAAUAGCAUCGGUUAAGAAGCCAGAUCCAACUAUUAAAAAUAAUGCGGCAAGUGAAGGUGUCCUGGCCAGCUUCUUCAACAGUCUUUUAAGUAAAAAGACUGGCUCUCCUGGAAGCCCUGGUGCUGGAGGAGUACAGAAUGUCACUAAAAAAUCAGGGCAAAAAACUGUUUUGACAAAUGUUCAAGAAGAACUGGACAGAAUGACACGCAAGCCAGACUCUAUGGUAACAGCCAACUCCUCUCCAACAGAAAACGAAGCUUGAUUAUGCUUGAAAGCUGCAUAUGUAAAUGACCAAAUAACUCUGUACAUUGAUCUGAUAAUACCAGGGGCUCUCUGCUAUGGCAGAUGCUAUAAGUUUUUCAUGGGGCAGGGGGAAACAAAAUUUAACCUUCAUUGGCUUGUCCCAGUAUCAAGUGCACAUUUGGGAAGUUUUGCAUAUUAUAAAAAUUAUUUGUUUUAAAAUAACCAUUUUAGAAUUUAAACAGGGCAAUUCUCUUAUUUGGGGUGGCAAAUGGAAGUGGAGAUGUGGGUUGUGGAGACAGAGAGAUACGAUGCAAAAUUCCUCUUGGAAAGCCCUAAUAGCUGCUGGCAGUAGGGAAGAAUGAAGUCCCUUUCCCCAAGUUUACUGGCAUGGGCCGUUCAAGACAUACUUGGAGUGAAUCUGGUGUAGCCGAUGGUUGGUUAGAUGAAGAAUGUAUAGAUUGCAUUUUUUUUUUAAAAAAAGAGGAAAUGCAAGAUCUGCUUAGCAGAGGCAAAAAGUGUAUUGGAGAGACUGGAGAAAAGCAGUAUUGUAGGUCAGAUAAUCACGUGUUUUUUUUAAAAAAGCCUUUAUAAUUGAGGCGUGCUUAAAACUUACAACACUGAACAUCAUGGGAAUUAUUCUUACUCUCAAUUGCAUUUUUGUUUUUGUUCUGACAGAAAUACAUAAAAGUAUGAUGGAUGCCCUUUUUGUCAUAACUGACACAGGGAGAAACUUGCUUAGACCAAGUGCCUGGCACAGUGAGAGAUGUGUCUUCUAGAAGGUGCUUGAACCUCUUGUGCACUAUAGUACAAACAGUCUCUGUUUGUUUAACUUUAUUUUAAAAUGUGUUAACUUUUGAUAGUCAUGUUUAAUUUUGAAUUUUUCUUUCCCUGAAAGCCUAUGCUUAGAGUUGUUCCUCUACUCCCAAAUACUCAAACUGCCUGGCCUGGAAAGAACUAGGACAUAUCACUUUCCCAUAAUGAAACAUGUUACAGAAAACCUUUUUAGUAGCAAAAAGUUCACGCAAGAGAAAAAAACUGAAUCCUGCCUUAAGGUUUUUAAAAAUGUGUUAUGAUUUUUCUGAUAGAAUUUCUUCCAAGAAUCUUGUCCCAAAUUGCAGUAAACUCAUAUUUGUAGGUUUACACAGCUAAAUAUAGACCUUCAUGGCUUCAUUAUCUUCAUGUUUUACCCCUUUCAGUGUAGCUUAUAAAUAUGGAAAGAAAUCUGAAUGUUGUCUGUCGUUGGUAAUCAGAUUUGUACUUUUAGCCCCUAAGAUAAACUUUCAAAGUUACUGAAAUGGCACUUUUGAGUUUCUGUACUGAGAGAAACACUACCUUGCGUCAUAGUACCAAACAUGUUUAUAAUCAACUUGCAGAAGGGAAAAAAACAUCAUAUGAAUUAUGCAGAGUUUACUUUUAUUGAUAAAAGAUUUGUGUGUUUGGCUAUCUUGUUUCUGAAUAGAACAUGUUCAUAUAUGUGUAUGUGUGUUUGCAUGCACACAGACAUACAGAACAUACAAAUACACACACAGAACAAAUUGACCACUAACACAGUACUGGAUGUAAUUGUAAAACCUGUGUUACAUAAAGAGGCCAUCUCUUUAUUUUGUAAGUCCGCCUAACACUAACUAGAAGACUAAGAAUAUUUAUUUGUGUUAACAUGAAAGCAUGUUCACUUGUGCCACUUAUGUCUCCUUCAGUUUUUUAAACUUAUUUAACACCUCAUUGAUAUCCACAGUUGCCUAGAUAUUGAAGUGAUGAGAUAUUAGAAGUGGCCAGGGGAUCUGGUGUGUGGUUUUGCUGCCUAUGACCAUCUGGCACAUGAUUUGUCAGAAAUGUGUGAGCAAAACCUUUAGCCUUGAACCACCCCAGCAGAUGGUACUUGCAUCUUGCCCUUGCAGUUUGCAGCUUUACUUAUACUCUUAGGCAGCUGCAGCUAUUGUGCCAUGUAUAGAUGCGUCGGCAUGCUGGGAUGGCUGAAUCGAGUUCAGCAGAAGGAAUUUCCUCACCUUCCAUUGUUGCUGAAUGUCAAUAGCAUAGAACCAGCCUUCUGAUGAGCUGGCAAUCCAGAGUUGAUUUGGCUAUGUGGAGAUUAUGUCCAAUUAUAGGGAAUGACACUUUGGAAGCAAAACGAGCAAGUCUGAGGACCUUAUGGCAUUAGAAUUUAAAGAGUAGGCAGAGAGCAUGCAUCCCAUUUGAAAUCCUGUGGCUGCCUCCAGCAGAAUACUGGGCUUUGUAGUUUAGUGAGACCCAGGACCUCUCUGGCUGAGCCUUUUAAAGGCCCCUCCCUAAACUACAAACCCCAGAAUUCUGUAGGAGGCAGCCACAGGAUUUUAAGUGGGAGGCACAUUCUUUACUUACUCUUUAAGCUCUAGUGUGAUAAGGUCCUUCAUCUCAUGAUGGUAUGUGGUUCUAGUGCGAGCCUUGGUACCUAACUGCCUCUUUUUAUUAAUAUUUUUAUCAUUCACACAGACAGUUCACUUUGAGUACCAAUAUUGUGUACCUGUGUUUUUCUUUUAAUGCCGUAUGAAAUGAAUGUUUGAUCCACUACAAAUGAACAAAAGCAAAAGCAAAAAAAUCACUUUCUCAUUGUGCAAAGCAAAGUGCUUGGAUCCAAGCAAAGUUGGGAUUUCCCCUUCCUCCCCCUUUUUACAAGCAAACGCUCCUCGUUUCUCGAAGAAAGACGAUGUAGUGUUUGCUGAGGUCUAGUAACUUUGGAAAGAUGCACAAUUGUCUUUUUUGGUGUUCUUAAGCAUUGGAACCAAAGGCCAAACUGCAAACAGUACCUUUUAAAAUAUAAUUAAUUUUAUUUUCAGGAUACACUUUUAUGGUAGACUGUUAAAAUUACUACACAGCUAUAUUUAUAUACAGUACAGUGAUUGCAUCUACUGUUCAUGUUUAAACUAAAGUAAUAAUCUAUUGAACUUGAAGAGAAGGUAAAUAUACAGGAUUGGCCCUCCAUCAAAAUGCAAUGGUUAUGCUGCUUGAUUUUUUUAAGUUUGCACUUUUUAUUGGCAUUUUAAAACAUGUUUAAACAGAACAGAACUUGUUGUAUUUUAUUUAAUUUAACUGCAUUGAAAGUGACUGAACUUAACCAUAUCCAUGCUGUAAAUGAAAGUUCACUCUCUUGUAUUACUAAGUUUAUUGAUGUUUUUAACUUCCAUUGAGGACUGCAGAUAUAUCCAACACACCCCUUAGUCCAGUUGUACAGCUUUAACCAGGAGCAGCUAUGUUGAACCUUGCUUUUUAGUGCUGGCAAAAAAGGAGGACAUGUCUUUAAUUAAUGGCUUCAAUAAACCCCAACCAAGACUGCU